GAGGAGGAGGAGGAGGAGGAGGAGGCGCAGCACAGGCGAGGCCCGGCCGACGGCGCGGCAGGCGUGUCCCCGCGGCGAGGGCGGCCCGUCCUAGUAACCCGCGCCCGGCGCGCCCGCCCGGCCAGUGCCAGCCGCCGCCGCAGCCAGCAGCAUGUUCGGCGUCCAGCAACAGGUCCAGCCGACGACGCUGCCGCCGCCUUCCUUGGGCGGCCGCCCGCCGAUCCCUUGCUACCAGCCGCCGCCGCCGGCCUCCCGGCCUUGCUUCGAGCCGCUGCCCCCGCAGCAGCGGUGCCCGCCGCCGCCGCCGGCCUCCCGGCCUUGCUUCGAGCCGCUGCCCCCGCAGCAGCGGUGCCCGCCGCCGCCGCCGAUCUCCCGGCCUUGCUACGAGCCGCUGCCCCCGCAGCGGUGCCCGCCGCCGCCGAUCUCCCGGCCUUGCUACGAGCCGCCGACGCUGCCCCGGCCGCUGCCCGCCCAGACGUGCCCUGCGCCGGCCCCGCUUCCAGCCACGCUGCCCCGCGCCCGGCAGAACCGCCCCGCGCCGCUGCCCUUGCAAUGCCCGCCCUGCUCGGAGCCGGUGCAGACCCCCGACGGCUGCGGCAGCAGCGGAGGCAGCGUCGUCUACGAGCGCGUCCGCACCUACAGCAGCCCCGGCGGGAAGCGCGUGCAGCUCCUGGACCCCCCCAACGGCUGCUCGCCCCGGCCGCGCUCCCCCUUCGAGACCAGUCCGGGCUACCAGCAUGUCAUCUGGAGCAGCGACCCGCCGCUGCAGGAAGUGCCAUCUCCCUCCAUGAAAUUGACUCCUUAUUCUCAAGGCUCUGUCCGGAGGAUCAUUGUAGAGAAUUCUGAACAGGAGCCUCUGUCUCCACUGCUCCGAGGAGGAAAUAAUGUGAUCUAUGAAAAGACCAUCAGAAAAUAUGAGCUGCUAAACCCAGAUCAGGAGAAGCAGUAUCAGUUUUCCCUCCAGCAUGCUCAGCCUGACCAGUGCCAAGUCAUCCCGUCCGUGGAUCAAGUUCAAGUGGUCCAACAGUGCCAGCAAACCCAGACAGGCAGCCCCUGUGACAUCACUCCAAUCUGCGUCAAUGACGUCGGCAAAGGAAACGUGAAGAAAGUCACCAUUCAGACUUGUGAACCAGUGAGAUGCAUUCAGGAAACAAAUGACCAGCUGGACUCCCGAUACUUUGGUGAGCUCCUUGCUGAGCUGAACCGCAAGAGCAACGACCUCUACAGUUGCCUCCUCCAGCAUGUUGAAAAACUAGGUGGAAGGAGAUAUGAAAUUGAAUCACUCAAUCAAAUGGAAGAUAUUGAGAGUUUGAUUCCUAAAGGACUUUCAGAGGCAACCAAGCAGCAGAUCCGUUACCUCUUGCAGAUGAGAAUAACGGCUGAUAAGUCUAUGAGGCUCGUCCUGGCCACGUUCAGCAACCUUCGAGAGGAACUGGUCCAUCUUCAGGACGACUUAGGGAAACUGGAGACCAACAAAGUGUUGCUUGAGAAAGAUCUGGCUUUUAAAGAGUCUCAAGUAAGAGAGUAUGAAACGCUUUUGGCAUCGGUGCGAGAGAAUAAUCGUCAGCAGCAGCAAGCCCUCAGGGAGUAUACUCUGAAAUGCCGCUCACUAGAAGAACAGCUCCUCAAUCUCCGGCACGACAAUGGAGAACGGGAGUUUCGGCUGAAGGAUCUGGAAUACAGCAAGCGGGCCUUGGAACAAGAGAUCCAGAACCUGAGACACCAGACUUCCUCCAACCCUCUGCUCCAGACCACCACCGAUGAACUUUCCAGUCGCUAUGUGGAGAUGAUCAACCAACUCCGGGAGGAUAAAGACAGACAGAUUAGCAUCUUAAGGACCCAGCUCCAUGAGUUCCAGAGGGAUUUCUCCAAGAGAGAGGGGAGUGACACUGAUCUCCAGAUCAGGUUGCACGAGUUGACUUUGAGGCUGGAGGAGCGAGAGGCUUGCAUUAAGCAGCAGGAAGAGGAACUGUUCAGGUUGAAGCAAGAGAAGCUAGCCAUCAGUCCAUCCCAAGGAAUAACGAAGACCAUCAUCACUAAAAAGUACAGGAACCAAUACCCCAUCCUCGGCCUCUUGUCUGAUGACUACAAAGUGACAUCGCCCAUCAAAGAAUCCCAGACCAUUGUCAUUGAAAAGACAGGAGAAAUGUGGAAACAGGAAUCCUUUACUUCUGAUUAAAGCACUUCGUUCAAGAAUGAACACAUCCACUGGACAAGUCACGGCUGAUCGAGAAGAGUUUGCAUACAAAUGAAUGUUGUUAUAUAUUUUUUCCCCCUGUGGCUUCCCCAACCCCAUUAAUGCUUCAGAUCUGAAAGUUAAAACCAGUGAAGAUUAGGGGAAAGCAUUACAGGCACACUAUAGGUAUGAUGAAUUUUGGGGGGCGGUCUGAUUUCUAUUGUUCUCUCUCAGUAAAAAGGGGUUUUUGAGUGUUCUGACUUCAGCAUUCGCCAUGUCGGGUCAUCAGUUAACAAAUAUCUACCUGUGUCACGGGGCCCUGUUGUAUGGUGAAGUGGGGAUGUACAUAAUACACAACAGAGUUCAUGCAGUGGUCAGACCUGUUCUUCCUAGGGAGGUCCAAGACAUUUUGCUGCCUGAGGCAUGGAAAGCUGCUUUAUACUGAGUUAGUCCAUUGGUCCUUUUAGCUCAAUAUUGUCUGCACUGACUGGCAGUGGCUGUCCAAGGCUUUAGACAGGAGUCUUUCCCAGCCCAACCUGGAUUGAACCUGGGACCUGAUUCUUUGUCACUGAGCUAUGGCCCCAUCCCUAAGGGGAAUAUCUUACAGGGCUCACACAUGUGGUCUCCCAUUCAAAUGCAAACCAGGGCAGACCCUGCUUAGCAGAGGGGACAAUUCACACUCGCCACUGCAAGACUAAGCUCUCUUCCCUGAAGGCAAAGACAAUACGGCACGCGCGCACACCUGUGUGUGGGUGUGCCAAUGAGGGCAGAAGGGGCGGUGCUUACUGUCCCCCUGUGGUGCUGCUCAGUGCCAAUGCCCGAGGCGACCGUAUCGCCCUGCCUCGUGGAAAGGCUGCCUUUGCAUGUGAGCAGAGAACGAUACAGAGUACACUGCUCAUUCUCCUGUGGCUUCACACUGUAAGGCUAAAUCAGUGGUGAAGGACAAGCGCUUUAUCAUGGCAACUUGUCUGCCCUCCCUGAUUGUCUCGUGAAGGAAUGCCAGGGUUGCCUAGGACAGUUUGAAGACCCCUGGAGUAAACCAUAUAUUUUUCCAUAGGCUCUUGGUGACAGCCCCCCGCCCUCUUUAAAAAACACACACACACACACACCCCAGACUUCUUGACUGGAGCUGACAUUAGACUUUGGCCCAAGUAAGCUGGUUUUGUUGAAUGAUUGGUAACGUCCGUCUUGGUUACGCUGUUGUGUAAGUCUAAGUGGCAAACCUGGACUCUCAAGGCUUCUGUUGUUUAUAGGAAACCUGUUUCUUUGAAUGUGUAGUUUUGGGGGUAUGGACAUUCCAACCCCUUGGGUGUAAAUUGAUGAGAGAGGCAAUACUCCAUUGUAUAUGUGUCCACUGUGGUCGAUAUAAGUUCAAUGGAAUUUAAUGGGUGCCAUCUAGAGAAAAUUAGAUACGCUUACGGUUGUUUUCAGAAGUGACGUGAAUGGUGUUUUAAUUAUCCAGGCAAUUACUAUGACUCUGCUGCUUUGUAUGAUCUUUGGUCAUGCGUGGACUUUUCCUAUCCUAGAGGUUGCCACUAAAGGUCCCUCCAGUUAGUGCUGGAGACGGGCGUAACAAGGCUGGAGUGGGCCCAGAGACAAAAUUUUAAAAUGGGCCCCUCGCUCACACACACACACACACACACACACACACACACACACACACACACACACACACACACACACUUCACAAUAUAUAGUCAUGUGACUUGCCUCUGGGGGGCCCUCGAGACGUGGGGGCCCCCAGGCAGCCGCCUCCCCUUGCCUAAUAGUAGUUACGCCCCUGGCUGGAGAGGAUCAUCCAACUUCCCUAGCCUGGAAAACUCUCUGUCAUAACCACAGGGGAAGGAGAUGGGUUCAAAGGAAGCAGCGCUGUUUGCUGGUGACAUAUGAUGUCAACUAAUGUGCUAAGCUCCGUUGACCUUGGGAUGUAGGUGCACCUAAGGCUCUCUGGAUUGCACUCAUUAUAAAUGAAACGCUUGUGGAAUUGCAUACAGUGAAGAUACCUUUUCAGGAAGAGCCGAAUGCUCUGAUGUUGCCCAGUGUUUGCACUGAUGUAAAUAUCAUCAUGCAUUGCAGCUAGUAUUUAAAGAGCUGUUGGAUUUUUUUAUUUUUUAUUUUUUAUUUUUAUUUUGCAGCACCACGAGGUGCUCAGCACAGAAUGUAGAGUUGACAUGGUCUGUCUAGACCAGUGAUUCUCAAACUUGGGUCCUCAGGUGUUAUUGGACUUCAACUCCCAUAAUCCCCAACCAAAGGCCACUGAGGCUGGGGAUUAUGGGAGUUGAAGUCCAAUACCACCUGAGGACCCAAGUUUGAGAAUCCCUGGUCUAGACUGCUUAUAAGCUAUGAGAGGGAAAAGAAAGGAAGAUGGAAUUGAUAAAGGAGUUGUGGGAUGAUGUAACAAUAAAUAAAUAAAAUGUGUAUUGGAGGGUUGGAAUAGGUAGGUGGCUUCAAGCUACUGUAUAUCUGCUCCCAAGCAAGACGCAGGAUUUCUUAGGAUUGAGCCCUUCAUAAAAUAUUAUUAAAUUUCUUUUACCAAGGGUGAAUGUUUAACAAUGUGCUAUAUUCUUUCAAUUUCGCAUCAACUCCUGCUUUAAGUGAAGAGCUUUUUUCUUACUCAUCUACUGCACUGUAACAGAUUCCCUCAUUGAGCAGGGCUGUGAUAGAAGAUCUCCAAGGUCCCUUCCAACACUAAGGUCCUAUUAUUUUAACUGGUGUGUGUGUGUGUGUGUGUGUGUGUGUGUGUGUGUGUGUGUGUGUGAGAAAUAAGGAUUUUUGCAUAAUUUAAUUUUAAAAAUUACAGCCAAAAUUUGCCAUAAACAAAUUCUAGAAAUUCAGGCCUAACUGCAAACAUGUAUGUGAAUUUUUUACAUUUAGACCAAGAAACAGAAAAAUAGCUAGAUCUUUCCACUGCAUCAAUAUUUCAAAGUGAUUGAAAUUUACAUGGAAAUUAAAUUUUCAGAAUGGUGGGCAGCUUUUUUUCACAUGGGAAAGCUUAAAGAGAAAAAUAGCUCUGGGCUAAUUCUGCUUUUCGUAAGUCAACAAAACUGUCAAUUCAUUAAUUGGGAACUUCUAUGUUUUUGGUUCUGUAACCACAGAAUGUUCUUUGGUGGUUUCUGCCAGAGAUAGGAAAAACGAAACAAAAAACCCACCCCCAAAUGAAGAUGUUUUGGUCAUGUUUAAGAGUUUUGGAAGGGACUGCAAGGUCAAAACUUGUGACCCAUCAGACUCUGCUCAGCCUUUCGCCCGUGCUUGACAAUCCAGCAUCCCUAUUUUUGCUGUCCCUGGCAGGCAGUAUUAGUAGGUUUAUCCAACCACUGGAGAGCCACUACCACCACCAUAGUGAACUGUAUUUGGCUUGGACCAUAACUUGUGCAGGUUUAUUUAUAGGUAAAAGGCAGGGUGGGCGACACAAAAUGUUGAGUGGAAGGAUCUUUGCACGGAAAGGAUAUUGGAUCCCAUUUCAUUGCCCUUGAAGGUUUCUGAUGGAAACAUGUUGUGCAUUUGGUAAUCUGCUCUUCUGUCGCAAUAAAUGUUUCAACUGUGCACUAGCUUGAGACUUGCCCCUCUUCUUUUGAUGUCAUUGUGAUGUUCUAGGUGAAAUCUGGAAAGUCAAAUUAAAGUGACCUCCACAAGAGGGCAGUUGGAAACCCAGUAGAAUGGGAAAUGGACAUACAUGUCCAGCUAUUCUCGACUCAAUUCCCAGUCGUGGACAGGAUAUGCUCUUUUUUUUAAGAUUAAGAAGAGUUUGAAGCAAACUGUUGGUUAUGCAGCUACAAACUAUUGCUUUGCCAGGUUUUUAUAAGGGUUUGCUUUGUGUGUAAAGGGUUUGUUUGUUUUUUCCUUUUCCUUUCCUCACAGCUGGAUGGAUGACUGCAUUACGGAGUCCAUUUGUAGCUGGGAAGUAUAGACUGUAUCUGUAUUGAUUAGCCCUGGACAGUUUGCUACGGGCAGUGUAUCUUUGUUAAAUAAAAUAAAAAUAUCGAAGCAUGA